CAGUUGGCAUAAUAAAGAUACGGAUAAUUCGAAAAAUCACUCUCACCUCCUCCACUUCAAAGCCUUCCCUCAUCUCCACCUCUCAUGAGAAGCUGAGCACAUAAUUCCACAUCACAUGGCGAAGACUCUUAUUUCAUCACCACCGUUCAUCGGCGUGCCGCUCCCAUCAUCAUCAUCAUCAUCAUUAUUUUCACUCUCUCGCCAUGGUCUCCACCCGCUCCCUCACCGUAGACUCGCCUCCACCAGAGUGAAACUCAGCUUCCAAGAAAUUCCUCCAAUUCAUUCCAUAGACUCGUCAGUUGACUUCAGCUCAAUUUAUAGCCGAGCCGAGAGCUUGCUCUACACGAUUGCAGAUGCUGCCGUUUCACUUGAUUCUGCUUCCGGCGGCGGCGCCUCCACGUCAGCAGACGCUGCUACACAGAAAAAUGGCGGGUGGUUCGGCUUUAUCUCCGAAGCCAUGGAGUUUGUUCUCAAGGUGUUGAAGGAUGGGCUUUCAGCUGUGCAUGUGCCCUAUGCCUAUGGUUUUGCUAUUAUUUUGUUGACAGUUAUUGUUAAAGUUGUCACAUUUCCCUUAACAAAGCAACAGGUGGAAUCAACAUUAGCUAUGCAAAACCUUCAACCAAAGAUCAAAGCUAUUCAACAAAGAUAUGCUGGCAAUCAGGAGAGAAUACAACUUGAGACAUCUCGUUUAUAUAAGCAGGCCGGGGUUAAUCCAUUAGCAGGUUGUUUGCCAACAUUGGCAACUAUACCUGUCUGGAUAGGUCUGUAUCAAGCACUUUCAAAUGUUGCAAACGAGGGACUGUUAACUGAAGGUUUCUUUUGGAUACCUUCAUUGGGUGGGCCAACAACAAUUGCUGCUCGACAAAGUGGAUCUGGCAUUUCUUGGCUCUUUCCAUUUGUGGAUGGCCAUCCACCGCUGGGUUGGCAAGACACAGCUGCAUACCUUGUUUUGCCUGUCCUUCUUGUUGCUUCUCAGUAUGUCUCAAUGGAGCUCAUGAAGCCUCCCCAGACAGAUGAUCCAGCUCAAAAGAACACACUUCUUGUUUUCAAGUUUCUUCCACUUAUGAUUGGUUACUUUUCCUUGUCCGUUCCAUCAGGGUUAUCAAUUUACUGGUUCACAAAUAAUGUCCUCAGCACAGCGCAGCAAGUGUGGUUACGCAAAUUAGGUGGUGCAAAGCCUGUUGUUAAUGAGAAUGCAAGUGGAAUCAUCUCUGCUGGACGUGCAAAAAGAUCAGCUUCUCAGCCAUCUCGGGCUGGUGAUAGGUUCCGGCAAUUAAAAGAGGAAGAGAAGAGGAAGAAACUGAACAAGGCUUUAGCCGAAGAAGAGGUUCAAAAUCUGAAUUCUGCAUCUGAUUCUGAAGAGGAAUCCGAUGUUGAGUCCACAAACAAGGAUGAUGGGGUUCUGGAAGGGGCAUAUGCUUCAAGUGUAAGCAAACAGGUACCAGAUGCUUCUCGGCCAAGAAAAAGCAAGCGUUCAAAGCGGAAGCGUGCUGUAUGAGAAAACAGAAUACUGAUUCGAUUGUAGUUUAAUGUGAGUCCUGUAUAUCUCAACAAAAUUAAUUUUAGUGAAUAUAUAACAGCCAUUUUUAUGCAGGCAUUUUCAUUAAUCAUGUAAUCUUUGUCUGAUUAGUAACAUUUUUGCAUUCUACAUAGUCCAUGAAGCAAUUGCGUAAACUUGUGAUAGAACUAGGAAACUGUUUGCCUGAUAAUGCCAAUUCUUAUUCCUGGAAAAUCUCAUGAAGCAGAGUUGCUGGAGUUAUAAAAUGACUGGAUGUAUGUUUUGUGUUCAUCAUGCUCUUACCCAAAUUCCAAUAAUAUUUCAUUAGGAUCUUU